GUGUUUUGUAAGCGGUAUCUGACACACAACUCUCGCUAAAAAAGUAUUACUAUGACUUAUUUACCAGCGGCUGUUCUUGUUCCAGGAUGCCUUUUAUUCUUAUUUCAGGGGUGCUGGUCUAGCUCUAACUUCUCAUCUAGUGCAGAUGUGAAUUGUAUCAGUACAGAUUACAAAUUUAACAUUAGCUGUUUGAUCAUCAAUCUGGAGUAUGUCGAAUGCACCUGGACCAAACUACAGACGCAGCAGAUAAACUACAUCUUCAGCAGUCGAUUUUUGCAUAAUUCCUUUCGGGAGUGUUCGGAUUACCUCUGGGAGCACAGUCAGACCGUAGGCUGCAGGAUCCAUCUUGAUAAACCCAUCCAGAAGUUUGAUCCUUUCUACACAAAGCUCUCUGUUGGAGAAAAUCAGUCAGUUUGUAAAAAAUACAUCGAUCUAAAACAAAGAGUGAAGCUCAACCCUCCCUAUAACCUCACUGUGAACUCGAGUGGUAGAGAUGGAGAGGUCUGCAUGCACUGGACAAGCACUACUAAUGUCAAGCAGAAUUGCAUGAAAUAUAUGGUACGCUAUCAGAAAGCCUCCGGCCCAUGGAAGAGUUCCUCUUCAGACUGCGUGUCUCCUCUCUCCAGUGGAGUCGUGUACACUUUCCAAGUAAGAAGCAGCAUGUCAGAAAUGUGUGGUGAUUCUCAUUUUUGGAGUGAUUGGAGUGAUCCAGUACAGUGGAAAGACAACAAAGAUGUAAAGACUACAGUACAGACUCCAGUGUACUGGCAUGCGCUGGGUAUUGUUCUGGGACUCUUUGUCCUCAUCAGCCUUUGUACACUGUUGUAUUUUAGUGAACGGAUUAAAGUAGUUUUCAUUCCUGUGGCCCCUGACCCGAGCAAGAGCCUGCAGGAUUUAUUCAAGAAACAUAAAGGCAAUGUUGAGAGUUGGGUUUAUAUCUCCAAAGAGCUGAAGGAUGCUUUUGAGUCCGAUUACACUGAGUCUCCUUGUGUUGUAUGUGACCCGAGUUCCACUUCAGAGACGAAAGCUGAGGCUGGUCCUAUGAAGCAGCCUGUCUCUUAAAACUAUUCUGUAUUGUUUAGUACUGUUAAUGAGUACAAGGCAAGUGAAAGAUUUACAUUUACCUUUACUUCAUUUGGCUGAUUUUCUUUUUAUUCAAAAGACAAUUACAACUGAAACAGAUCAUAGAUCGUAUUUCAUAUUUUUUGACACUGAACAUUAGUUCACCCAAUCCUUAUAAAUAAACCUAAUUGUUGCUA